GAAACGUGGCACCACAAUAUUAUGCCACGUGGGUAGUUUGCAACCUGAGUGUAGCCCAGCUAGCACCCAAGUUUUGGUCUGCUCCAAGCACCUUUUUGCCUUCUAUACAUUUUCUUUCCACGCGCUGUUCGCUUCGCGUGGGCCCUUCUAAAAGUCUCUCAGCUCCACGUCCCAAAGCUACACCGAUAAUGGAUCCUUCCAGCAGUAUUUAGUCAUCACUAACUCCAUUUUUUUUUUCUUCAACCUUGGCUUGCCUUCCCCUUCUCCUCCUCUACAAGCUACCACUCCCCUUCCACUUCCACUUCCAACCAUGGCCGAUAUCAACCCCCGCCGCAAAUCCAAAACCAAGCCUUCAGCCACCACCACCACCACAACCACAACCACCACCAGCGACGACGGCCGACACGACGGCUUCCCUGACGAAUGCGACGCCCAGGUGUGGGCCUCCUUCGACCAGACCUUCCGCCAGGUCCAGUCAGUGCUGGACCGUAACAGAGUGCUGAUUCAACAGGUGAACGAGAACCACCAGUCUCGAAUUCCCAGCAACAUGGUGGACAACGUGGCUCUCAUCCAAGAACUCAAUGGGAACAUCUCUAAAGUUGUCUCCAUGUACUCCGAUUUCUCCUCUGACUUCUCCUCUGGGUUCAAUAACAACAAAUCCAGAAAUGGCAAAAGAGGAAGCAGCAACCCAGAUGCUUGACGAAGAAUUCAAGCCACAGAAACAAAGAACAAAGCCGGUCAUCUUCACUUCAGCGCAUUGUUUUCUUUCUGUUUCAUCAGCAUCAUUAUCAUCAUCAUCGGCUAGAAUAAAAGGUGGGCAGUGGGUGGUUUGGAAAUGCGGGAAUGAAGAACUUCUCGCAGGUGGUGUGUGUAUGUGUAUGCUUUGUGGUGGUGUUUUUUUCUCAUUAAAAAUGUGUUUCCUCUUUCAAAUGUAACAGUUAAUGCAUGCUUCCAUCAUCAUCAUCAU